AUGGAGAUUCCUUCCAUGAGGAUCCUCGCAGAGUCCGAGCUCGAAUGGGCAAAACAACGUUACGAACAGCUCAAUCUCAUCGACGAGAAACAGCUAACAGCACUCUGCCACGGCCAAUGCUACCAACAAAGAAUGGCUCGAGCGUUCAAUGCAAGGGUCCGUCACCGUGAGUUCAACCCCGGUGACCUCGUCCUGCGAAAGGUUCUUCACAUUACACCUGACUCCCGGGGCAAGUUCGCAUACAAAUAUGACGGACCUUUCGUCGUCAAGGAAACCUUCUCCGAAGGGGCAAUUAUCUUAAGCGACAUGGACGGGACUGAAAACGCGCUCCCAGUCAACGCCAACGCCAUCAAGAAGACCGAGUUGAAAAAGAUAGAGGACAAGAACGCGAGGGAGGUCACAUUCUCGAAGCGAAAAGGCGGCCUACUCAAGAAGGCCAGCGAACUUGCAUUGCUGUGUGGGGUGGAUAUCGUGAUCAACACCUACUCCCCCCAUGGCAACCCGUUCGUGUACAGCAAGUCCUCUGGGGAUGCGAUUUUUCGUCGCUUUGUUGGAUCAACCUCUACUGUGGGGGAUGACUUCAAUGUUAUGCCAUUGUCAUGCGAGGACCGGCUGAACGAGUACAGGCAGCAGGAGAGGGAGGCGCUCUCAAGGCUUGAAGAAGCGAGGAAGCACCAGCAGGCUAACGGCAAUGGGAAGCCACGGUGGUGAUGGGAGGAAUCGGCCGAGGACUUGGAGGAGGAGGAGCUUAAGCAUUACAUUGAGUGCUUGGAGAGGCUGAUGGAGAAGGCCAAUCAGAGGGCAGAGGAGAUGGGGAGAAGUAACACGCUGCUCCGCCAUAGAACUGCAGCAGCACGGUGGAUCCUCCAGACA